AUGGGUUUACUGCCAGUGGGACUGGUGCUCGGGAAAAUGCUUGUGGAUAAUGUAGCUCGUCGAAGUGGCCCAACUCAAAUCAUGCGAUCAUCUGCUUCAUUAGGCAUCGCUCACAGUGUAAGGUCUAGGAAACAUACCUCAUCUGGAUUACGUGGAAACCCAUUCGAAAGGAAACAGAUGCUUCAACGCAUUGGUGGGACAAGUAUACGUCGAACACAUACCCAGAUAGAACGGGACAACAAGUUGCUGCAGGAAUCCCUAAUGAAUGAGAGUUGGAUAGCAGUGUAUCGAUAUCCGGGAAUUCGAAUAGCUGUGCUUCUUGCUCGUGCAAAACUUUUACAAACCGUGGCUAGUGUGCUUUUCCUUCCAUAUUCAUCUUACCAGUAUGCAGUCGGACAUGUUGAUAUAACAUGGUUCUACUCUACUGCUGCACUUGCUGUAUUUGCACCAAUUGCUCUCUUAGUUUUUAGUAGGUAUCUGAAUAGAUUAAUUGGAGUGAUUGCUAUGAAUGAGAGCAACGACUUUGUAAGAGUAGGAUAUUUAACAUUUUGGGGAUCACGAAGAAACAAAUUUCUGGAAGUAACGGAUGUCCUCCCCCUCACCGAAGUGUCUGGGAGCAAAAACGACUCUUUGAUAAAGUUCUCAUGGUUUGGAGGGAACAAUUUCCUGUAUCUACCGACGAAGAAUGUGGAAUUAUUAGAUGUGAAAAGGGCAGAGCUCUUAUUUGGUGAUCUCAGUGUAUUUAAAGUUUCCAAGGAAAUAUUAAGUAUUCAUAUAGUAAAUAGUAGUAUCACAAUUUAUAUCAAAUUCACAACAUUUUCAUCUGAACUUGACAAAGUGCUGAGAAUGAAAUGUUAUAGAGAACAAUUUGGGACGUAUCAGAGUGAGAACGUGAAGCAUUCCUACUACCCAACUAAACAGACUUUCCACAGCAGCACCUUCAUUUUAUUUCGAGCAUUUUCAUUCUAUCAGACUCUUGGGUGUAAGGGCUUCUUUUUUUUUUUUUGCUGUGACACUUGCGAACACUGUCGCGAACCCUAUCAUCUACUGCAGAGAGCACAACAUCGAAACACUGGGCGGCUCUCGCUAUGUUCUGUCGUCUUCGGUCUACGAUGA